AUUUGAAUAAACCCCAGGCUGGCCGGUGAUAGGCCGAGCCCGGAGCUCCUUGGCAGGUGAUUGGCUGGGCCAGGAGCUCCUUGGCAGCUCGCGCUUUCUCAUCCCUUUGAGUUCCACCGCGGCGCGCCUCCGUAGUGGUACAGUCCUCUCCUCGGUCCGCCGGUCUGCACAGUGUGUGUGUGUGCGUGUGUGUGGACUGCUAAACGCCGGUCCUUUCUUUCUUUGAAGAAGGAAAUCACGGCGGUUGUGGACCCCCGAAGUUUCCCGCUGACCCGGUUCGGUUCGUGUGUUUCCGGCCCGUUUCGUCGCCCUGUGAGGCCGCUUCGUUUCCGAGGGACACCGGGCGAACUGGGCGAGGCUGGACCGGCUCUGAGAGCUCCCCGCACGGCAUCGACUGACCCUGCUAGCGUCCAGAGAGCACCCAGAGCUCAGCCCCUUCCCCCAGCCCUGCAGAGACCAUGAAGCCUGACGGGGUUGCCACGGCAGCGCUGGAACCAAUGGAAGUGCUGGAGUCCAACGAGGUUAACGAGGCGGGGCCGCCCGCCUCGGGGGAGGAGCCUAGCCAGGCGGCUAGCCCAUUGGAGGAGCAGACAGGACCCCCGCCGAUAGAGCUGGUUGAGGGGGAGGCCCCACCGAAGGUCCCCACCACCAAGACCCCCGCCGACCCCAAAGCCAAGACCGCCGGCAAGGCCGGGGCCAAGACCAAGCCCGGGACCGCCGCCCCGGCCAAGACCACCACCGGCUCGCGGCCCGGCACCGCCCAGAGCCGGCUCAGCAACGGAACGUCCAAGACCAACGGGGUGGCCAAGAGUGAGGGCGUGGCCAAGACCAACGGAGUGGCCAAGAGUGAGGGCGUGGCCAAGACCAACGGGGUGGCCAAGAAGACCACCCCCUCCGCGGCCGACAAGAAGACCGCCGCGCCCGCCAAGAAACCAGCGGGCUCCACCGGCGCCCCGGCCACCAAGACGGCCCCCAAGCCCCUGGAGAAGAAGCCGCCAGCGACCACUCGCCCCUCCAGCGCCCUGGGCACCAAGAAGACCCCAACCGCUGCGCCAGCCCCCAAACCGGCUGCUGCGCCCGCUGCUAAGAAGCCAGCAGCUCCAACCAAGUCCAGCUCAGCUGCCUCGCCCAAGCCAGAUAAAGCUCCUGUUGCCAAGACAACCAGACCGACUAGCGCGAGCCGCCCCUCCUCGGCCUCCACGCGGGCCCCAGGGACUGGCCCUGCCAAGACUGCCACCCCCCCGCCCAAACCGGCCCCAACCAGGACCUCCACCACGCCCAAACCAGCGGGCCCCAAGACCACCACCACGCCCUCUGCUGGCAAGACCCCGGCGCCACAGGCAGCCAAGACGGCCACGCCCAUCAAGAAGGAUGUUUCCAAGCCCUCCACCCCGGCGGCCAAGAAGCCCGCCGCUGCCCCCCUCACACGCCCCUCCCCCGCCGCUAAAGCCACCAAAUCAGAGCCCCCCAAAUCCUCCCCCAAACCGGACGCCGCCGCCAAGAAGCCCGCCGCGAGCAAGGCUGCGGACAGCAAGACGGCCCCCCGGCCCAAAACGGCGGAGGCCCGGGCCGCACCCUCCAAGACCCCCGGCCCCAAAGCGGCCAAGGCCAGCCCCAAGAAGACGGUGGGCAGUAGCACGCCCACCCCCGUGAAGCGCGGGCCCAAGGGCGUUGCCCCCGAGACCGCAGGGGAGAUGGAAGCGGCUGGGGUCACCGUCGCUGUCGCGGCUGCGGUCGCUACAGCUGCCGCCGUCAUGGGCGGAACGGAGGAACCCGCGCCCUUGGCAGAACCAGAGGUUCCUGUCGUAGAGGAGACUGCCGCGAUGACAGAAGGCCUUUCAGCGGAACCCACCUUGGAGAUCAUCGCAGAACCGACCUUAGAGGCCACCGAACCUGCCAGAGAUCCCACACCAGAACCUGCAAGAGAACCAACACCAGAACCUGCAAGAGAACCAACACCACAGCUGAGGGAAUCAACUCCAGAGCCCAUGAGGGAACCAACUCCAGAACCAGAAAGAGAACCAACUCCAGAGCCCAUGAGGGAACCAACUCCAGAACCAGAAAGAGAACCAACUCCAGAGUCCAUAAGGGAACCAACUCCAGAACCAGAAAGAGAACCAACUCCAGAACCCAUGAGGGAACCAACUCCAGAACUCUUGAGGGAACCAACUCCAGAACCCAUGAGGGAACCAACUCCAGAACUCUUGAGGGAACCAACUCCAGAACCCAUGAGAGAACCAACUCCAGAACCAGAAAGAGAACCAACUCCAGAACCCAUGAGAGAACCAACUCCAGAGCCCAUGAGGGAACCAACUCCAGAACCCAUGAGGGAACCAACUCCAGAACCCUUGAGGGAACCAACUCCAGAACCCUUGAGGGAACCAACUCCAGAACCAGAAAGAGAACCAACUCCAGAACUCUUGAGGGAACCAACUCCAGAACUCUUGAGGGAACCAACUCCAGAACCCAUGAGGGAACCAACUCCAGAACCAGAAAGAGAACCAACACCUGAACUGAGAGAAACAACUCCAGAACUCUUGAGGGAACCAACACCAGAACCCAUGAGGGAACCAAGUCCAGAACUAGAAAGAGAUCCAUCCCCAGAACCCUUGAGGGAAACAACAACAGAUCACUUCAGAGAAGCGACCCCCGAGCCCACUACGGAGUCAGCCUAUGAAUCCAACGAGGAUCCAGAAGGGGCCUCAAUGCCCUCGCUCUCGUGCCAGAUGGACAUGCAGUACUUUGGCACGUCGCCCGGCGUGUCGGCCCCGUCUCUGGGCACCACGGUCAUGUCUCCGCCCUGCUCCCCCCCCGGCCUGUCCCCCGUCCACCAGGCCCAGAGCCCCCCACCUGAGCUGGACCUGAACGCCCACUCAGACCCCUGGGGGAACCGCCCCGCCCAGGCUGCUGAGGACCUCCGCAUGGACCAGGUGCUCUCCGACUCGGAGGAGGACGAGAAGUUCAGAGAGAAGGAGGAGGAAGAGGAGGACGAGAAGGACUUCAUCUUCAGGCCCGGAGGCCUGGGGGAGUCUCCUCCAGGCGACCGCCACAUGGUGCUGCAGCCCCCCAUGACGGGAGCCGCUCACACGGACCACUUCGGCUCCCUGAUCUCCCCCCGGGAGAAGGAGGUGGAGGUGGAGAAGGCGGAGGAGGAGAUCAACGAGGACAAAGACGCCGGCGAGGACGAGGAAGACGAGGAGCAGCGGCGCCUGGGCCACCAGCCUGCCGACGACUUCCAGGUCGGGGCCUUCGGCUGCGGCGGGGGGUCGGCCGGUUGGCACGGCGACGACCUCCUGUCGGGCAUGGAGUCGGAGGACGUGAGCAGCAGCUGCGCCAGCAGCCGCCAGCAGGGGGUGUCGGACCUCAGCAGCACCCAGCACAUGGCGCUGCUGGACGGCACCCAGAGCUCGGACGCCCUGGUGGACAGCAGCCUGCGCGGCUCGGAGGGCGACGGCGGCUUCAUGGGCUCGCCCAACGUGGAGACACUGGCCGGGGAGGAGGACGAGGACGAGGACGAGGAGCGCAUGGACGACAUGGACGUCAGCUCGGAGCGCGCCGAGGGCCAGCGGCACCAGAAGGACUUCAGGCAGCAGGAGCAGGAGGAGGAGGAGCAGGAGGAGGACGAGGACGUGGAGAUGCACAGCGAGGGCGUGACGGAGAGCGGCCUGGAGAGCUGCGAGAACGCCGACGAGGACGACUUCAACGAGGGCGAGCGCCUGGACAACCUGAACCGCGGCGGCGCCCAGCCCGCCCUGUCCCCCGCCUCCGCCUGGGGCCAGAACAACCCCUUCGCCGACCCCUGGGCGCAGCCCGCCGUCCCGGCCGCCGCCGCCCACAGCCCUGGGUCCGACCGCGGCGCCGCCGAGGACCAGACCCCGACCCGGGGGUCCCCCGCCCGCUCCCCGGCCCAGGCCUGGCUGGGCGCCGGCGGCCCAUCGCUGGCGCCUCAGUCUGAGCUCCACGGCGCGCAGGAGGAGGAGGAGGAGGAGCAGGCCCAGGAGGAGGCCCUCCUGGCUGCCCCGCCCAUGUCCCAGUCCUCCACCCUGAGCGGCGCGGCGCUGGCGGCCCACAGCGGCAGCGAGACCAGCACCCCGGAGGAGCUGCACGACUACGACAGCAGCUCGGGGGUGGAGUCGCGCUCGGACAAGCAGCAGACGCCCGUCCCGUCGGCGCGGCACGCCGACCUGGACCAGGACCUGGGCAUCCAUCUGGAGAAGGGCGACGGCGAGGAGGAGGAGGCCGAGACGCUGCCCGCCGACGAGGUCAUGGGGGCGGGGCCCCCCACCGCGCCAGCCUCCGGCCCCUCGUCGGUCUCCGCCUCCGGAGACGAGGCCAGCGACGCAGAGGGCGAGAUGCACAUGAAGGACGCGCCCGCGGGCGGCGACCCCGCGGCCCUGGAGGAGGAGGACGGGGGCGGGGCCACGCCUCAGUCGGCCAACUCGGUGGCGUCGUACGCCUUCGACUGCACCAACUCCAACUCCAACGCCCACUCCACGGCCGAGAGCUGCGGGAAGAGCCCCGGAAUCUUCUCCCUGGAGAACGAGGACCAGCUGCCGGAGGAGUGCAGCCCCGCCCUCAUCACGGAGAUGACCCUCACGCCCGGCGCCGCCCAGGGCCCGGACCCCCCGCUGGGCCAGGACCUCCCGCUGGGCCGGCCCGUGGACCUGCUGCCCCUGGGCCACCCCGCCGAGGGCCUGGAGCAGAUCAACUUCGGCCUGGGGGGGAAGGGGGUGGAGCCCAGAGAGCACCACCUGCUGGGGGAGGAGGAAGACGAGGAAGAUGAGGAGGAGGAGGAGGAGGAGGAGGAGGAAGAGGGGGAGAAGGAGGACCCCUACUACUCCACCACCAUCUGUGAUAAGACUGAUAGCUUUCUGGCAGGUAACGUAUAAGCCCCGCCCCCCUCCGCCCCAACUCACCUGGAAUGCACCUUUUCCCCUCCACCCCCCCCCACCACUGCCACGCCCCGUGGCUCAUUCCCCCCCCACCCACCAACCCUCCCCCCGGUGAGACCAGAGGAAGAUUGUAGAAAACGGUUUUGAAACUAAAGGAAGGAGAUAAUGGAGGGAAUAAAAUAUCAAACAAACUUUAGGUUUUCCAGACGCCGCCUCCCGCUGCGACGCUCGUCUGCUCGGAGGGUGUCCGCGUACAUUAGCUACUUUAUAGUAGAAGGUUCCUAUUAAUUAGCAUUGCUUUCCCUUUAGCACCCCCCCUCCCCCCCUGACCCCUGACCCCGGGGCACUGACUGAUAGUCCGGAGUGACUGAGCUUUGAAAAAGAAAAGCAUAAAAAAAGGACCCUGAAUGGACUCUACCUGCCUGUGUAUUUAUCCUACUGUUUUUACCGAACUACUUGUCGAAUGUUCUCUUGUUUUCUUUUAUAUUUGCUUCUUUGUUUGUUGUUCUUUUGGUUCUGUUCCCCCCCCCCCCCCCCCCCGCCCCCGCCCUAUUUCCACUGACUGUGUUCUCUGUAGUUCAGCGCUCUGAGCGGUUCUGUUCUCCUGUUCUUUGAGAUGUUAGCUCUAAAUAAAGCUCCAUAUUAACCACCUCGUUAGUGAAGGCGCUAGCGUAACCGUUUUCUAGGCUGGGGCGUUCCCCACGACGCUGUAGGUUGUCAAGGCUUGUCAUGUAUGCGGUCACAUGUACAGUACGUGAUUGGUUGCGGUUUUUCCCCCCCCCCCCUCCCCCAUCACUCAAGCGAUGGUUCCCCUGCGUGCUUUCUGAGAUGUGACUGUGAUAGUGAGCAGUGGGUUUUAAUAUUUCAACAGUAUCUUUGCAUGUUUAACUAACAAUGAAAAAAAAAAAGUUGUGUACUACCUAGCGGGGCCCCGCCCCCACACUAGCCACGGGCCUCAGCCAUUGGUUCUCACUAACUAGGGUUUUUAUUUUUUCCUCUUCAAAAUUCCAUUAAAACAUCAUUACAAGGC